AUGUCAUUCCUAAAUGACACCAGCCUAACUCCAGUUUCAUUCAUCCUAAAUGGCAUCCCCGGGCUGGAAGAAGUACAUUUGUGGAUCUCCUUCCCCCUGUGUACCAUGUACAGCAUUGCCAUCACAGGAAACUUUGGUCUUAUAUACCUCAUUUACUCUGAAGAAGCCCUACACAGACCUAUGUACAUUUUCCUAGCCCUUCUAUCCUUCACAGAUGUGCUCAUGUGCACCAGCACUCUUCCCAACACCCUCUGCAUAUUGUGGUUCAACCUCAAGGAGAUUGAUUUCAAGGCCUGCCUGGCCCAGAUGUUCUUUGUGCACACUUUCACAGGAAUGGAGUCUGGGGUGCUCAUGCUCAUGGCCCUGGACCGCUAUGUGGCCAUCUGCUAUCCCCUGCGCUAUGCUACUAUCCUCACAAAUUCAGUCAUUUCCAAGGCUGGACUCCUCACUUUUCUUAGAGGUGUAAUACUUGUUAUCCCUUUCACUUUCCUCACCAAGCACCUGCCAUACUGCAGGGGCAAUGUCAUACCUCACACCUACUGUGACCACAUGUCUGUGGCCAAGAUAUCCUGUGGCAAUGUUAGGAUCAAUGCCAUAUAUGGUUUAAUGGUUGCCCUCCUGAUUGGGGGCUUUGACAUCCUGUGCAUCACAAUCUCCUACACUAUGAUCCUCCGGGCAGUUGUGAGUCUAUCAUCAGCAGAUGCCCGGCAGAAGGCCUUUAGCACAUGCACUGCUCACAUCUGUGCCAUUGUCAUCACCUAUGUCCCAGCCUUCUUCACCUUCUUUACUCACCGGUUUGGGGGACACACCAUUCCUCCACAUAUACACAUUAUUAUGGCUAAUCUCUACCUGCUCAUGCCUCCCACAAUGAACCCUAUUGUGUAUGGGGUGAAAACCAAGCAGAUACGAGAAAUUGUUAUUAGAUUCUUGUUUAAGGAAAAGGACAAUUCUCACAACAUUUAA